AUGGGCAACGGAAUAGCAAAGAUUAGUUUGUGUUUCGCCGGAGACCCGGGAGAGAUUUCUCGGCGACGUCAAGAUAUCGCCGUGUGCUUGUCGGACCCUCUUGAUGAAGGCUUUGGUCAUUCCUUCGUCUACAUACCGCCCGACCCACCUCAAAAAAUCAUCCAAUAUGAUUCUGUGCGAAUCCCCGCCGCUCAAACGGCGGCUUUUCGUACUAUCUCCGGCGCCUCCAUCUCUGCCAACGUUUCCACCCCUCUGUCGACUGAGCCUUUCCCGUAUCCUAGUUCAACCUCCCUCGAUAAGGCCUCGGCUUUUGAAAGCUCCCAGUUUUUCUCUUCUAUUCCCCUCCAGCCAAUUCCCAGGAAUUCAAUAACCUCCGUCAAGUCAGGCCCGAUCUUGAGGAAUUCGGUCCCGGGCUCAGGCCCGAUGGAGCGUGGAUUUCGGUCAGGCCCGAUGGAGCGCUUCGUUUCAGGCCCGUUGGAGAACCAAUUUGAUCAGUUGCAGAGGUACAGGCCAAAAUCCAAGAAAUGGGCUUUGAUUAACAAUUUGAAAAAGGUGAUAUCAAAAUCAUUACGGGGUUUUUCUAAAGAAUUGAAUCAUAAUGAGCAUAAUAAUGGUAUUUCUAGUGGGACUCAUAGUGGUAAUAGCAGUACUAUUACUAGUAAUAAUUUGAGUAGCGAAGUGAGCUUAUCUGAUGAUAAUGAUGAUGUUGGAAAUGAAUCCUUUGGGAGUCAAAAUGUGCAGUGGGCACAGGGAAAAGCUGGUGAAGAUAGAGUACAUAUUGUGAUUUCUGAGGAACAUGGAUGUGUUUUUGUUGGUAUUUAUGAUGGUUUUAGUGGACCUGAUGCCACUGAUUUCUUGUUAAACAAUCUUUAUUCCAAUGUUUACAAGGAGCUUACCGGAUUAUUAUGUCAGUCGUUCAUGUCCAAGAGUUUGGAUACUAAGGAAAGAGUGGAGUUGGAUAGAAAAUUGAGGGAGAAGUUGAGUAAUUUGGAGGCUGAUGUUGUUCGAGGAAAUAAUACUAUUAACCAUUUGGGGGUGUUGAAAGCUCUAUCCGAAGCGCUGAGGAAGACUGAGGCAUCGUAUUUGGAAAUCGCGGAUAUGAUGCUAAUGGAGACACCCGAGUUGGCCUUGAUGGGAUCUUGUGUUCUGGUGAUGGUGAUGAAGGGUGAUGAUGUUUACUUGAUGAAUGUUGGGGAUAGUCGAGCAGUUUUAGCAAAAAAGACUGAGAACGAUGGGAGGCCGAGGAAGGAUUUAGAUGAGAUGCUUUACGGCGAUGAAUUUGAGAAUAUGCAUAAUUUGAGUUCUUGUCAGCUCACAAUGGAUCAUUGUACAUCUGUUAAAGAGGAAGUUAGAAGGAUUCGAACUGAGCAUCCAGAUGAUCCCUUGGCGGUAUUCAACAAAAGAGUGAAAGGUUCGUUGAAGGUGACUCGUGCUUUUGGAGCUGGUUUCCUCAAACAGCCCAAAUGGAACAAUGCUCUCAUAGAGACGUUCAAAAUCGACUACGUUGAUGGCCUCUACCAGUACUUCACAAAUGAAGAAGCCAUUUCUGAAGUAGAAAUGUUCAUGUCUACGUUUCCUGAGGGCGAUCCAGCUCAACAUCUCAUCGAAGAAGUACUAUUUCGAGCUGCAAGAAAAGCUGGUAUGGAUUUUCAUGAAUUGCUUGAUAUUCCACAAGGGGAUCGUCGGAAGUACCACGAUGAUGUCUCAAUUAUCAUUAUUUCUUUCGAAGGAAAGAUAUGGCGUUCAUCGAUGCAACUAGAAUUAUAA